AUGGUCUUCGAGCUUGCUGUGACCGCGAUUUGUUGGACUGUUGCUGGGAUCUUGUUCGGGAGACGCGGUGAUACACGCGGAAUUUUAGAUCUAGCGCUGUUAGCUUGGAAUUCGGUUGAUCGAUCUUACACAAGCGCCAUCGACAACGCUACAAGAGGAUUGAUUAAUCUCAAUCAGCUAUCCGUUACUUGCGGUUUAUUUUUCUCCCUUGGACAUAGCACCAUCGUGAUUGCCGUCAAUGUGGGUAUCGCCAUUUCUUCAAGCGUGUAUAACAGAAUCGCGAGUGUUGGAAAGGUCGGAGGGAUAGUGGGAGACGCCGUCUCAGGCUCGUUUUUGUUUCUCAUCGGUAUCGCGAAUACUAUUAUUCUGUGGAGGAUUUUGAAGCGCCGCCGUCAGGCAAAGAUCCGGGCGCAGCGACGGAUGAACGGCGAGACGGUCGAGGAGCCCAAACACAACCCUCAAGAUGGCAAUAUGCUCAUGAUGCGUAUCAUAGGACCCAUUAUAACGUUUGUGGAUCGACCUUGGAAGAUGUACCCCGUCGGCGUACUUUUCGGAUUUGGAUUCGACACAGCCUCAUCAAUAGCGCUACUCGCCGUCUCAGCGCUCGCCAGAAAGGGCGCGGACGGAUCUUCUAUACCCAGCUCUCACAUAGUCAUUCUGCCGUUCUUGUUCACAGCUGGGAUGACCUUGGUAGAUUCUGCAGACUCCGUUCUGAUGCUGUACUCGUACAGCGGAUUCCCUGAGCGCUCUUUCUUUGUCUUUGAAAAAAGAGAGAACGCUGUGGCCAGUAUGCUGCGAGAAGAAUCUCGGCCUGGAUUGGAGGACCCAGAGCAAGCGAUAACGGGAGAAGAUAAGCAAGAUAAGGCAGAGCAACCGCUUGCUUUGGACUCGGAGGGAGUGCAAGUGGUGGAAGUGAAGGAAGCUACGGGGGAGGACUUGAAGUCGGCUAAGAUAAAAAUUGGGGACCCGGAGAAACUGCGAGAGGGCGAGGAGGAGAAACUGGCCGUUAUCGUUGACGAAGGAAUGGAGCGGGAUAGGCGGUUGAAGUUGAAUGUUAUGUCCGGGCUGAGUAUAACCCUCACGUUGAUGAGUAUUCUCGUCGCGUUCAGUAUCUCGCUGAUCGUUCUUAUGGGUCUCAUUGGGGACAACUGCGGUCCCUGUAUCGCAGCUGCGGAGGCGGACGACGGCCACGGAGGUGGAUUGGCAGGUCGGUGGUGGAGGGGAUGGGCGAAUGUACGUUUUUAUAAAACUUAUUGA